GUUUAAGAUAUCAACGCUGCCAUUUUCGUUUUGUGGCACGGUUAUAGCGGCAGUCAAAUUAAUGGACUGUUAGAAAUACGGAAUUUCUGUCUAUUUGUAUGAUUAGUGGUAUAAACAUUGUUAUAUUGUGUGUUUUUGGUCAAACGGAAUAUCAAGAACGCAGUUCAGUGUAUUCAAUAAGUCGAGUAAUUGUUGACUUCCUUGGGUGGAACGGUGAUGCUGAGUAGGUAGCCGGCGGCGCCGCAGCGAUGCCGCUGCCGAAGCGCUGUGUCGAGCCGGUGCACGUGUCGCGCGGCACCGUGCCCGAGCGGCUCGCGGUGCCGUCCGAACUAGAGGCCGUCACCAACGGCACUCUCGCCAACACUGUCAGACAAUUGUCUUCACUGUCGAAACAUGCGGAGGAUAUGUUUGGAGAGCUGACGCGGGAAGCCACCGACCUGGCGGAGAGGACGAAUAUACUGCAAGCCAGGAUAGAUAGGCUGGCUAUCAAGGUUACACAGUUGGACUCGGGCGUUGAGGAAGUAUCACUGCAAGACAUCCAGAUGCGCAAGGCGUUCCGUUCAUCGCGCACAUUCCAGCAGCAGCUGUUCUCGCGUGGUUCGAUGCCGUCGGCCAUGUUGGCAACAUACGCCCGCUGCGAUCGCCCGCCGCCGCUCGAGAAACUGAAUGAGUUCCGCGACGACGGCCGCGACGCUCGCAAGUUCUAUACAGACCCGGAUUACUUCUUUGAGCUGUGGCGACGAGAAAUGUUGCAGGAUACUGAACGUAUUCAGCAUGAUAGGGGGAAGAAGGUUCGUCAACCGCGCAGUGGGAACGCGGACGGUCGCAGCGCGCGACGCGUGCGCACCCCGCACUCGACGCGCGAACGCCAGAAGGCGGAGGCGGUAACGCGCGGCGAACACAUAAUGGCGCCCAGUCAGCUACGUCACUAUAACAUCGAGACACACUAUCGGGAACCGCUAUAUCAGACUACGAAUGUAACGGAUGGUGGGUACAGAGCACCACAGAACCGUCCGCCCACCUCGCAGCCAGCCAGACCUAACUCUAUUGAGAUUGAAAAUCAACAGAACAGACAGCCCCGACUUACGGGCAAUGGACAUGUGGUAGCGGAGGAGAGUCCGUAUGGUACCGCGGAGCCGAUCUAUGGCGGCAGUAUCGCGGGCACUCCGCGCCGCGCGCGACCCUCCGUGCCACCCCCAGCGCCUCCCGCACCCCCACCAGACGAGCCUGCACAUCUCACGCCCACAAGGUCGGCAUUACCUCCUCCACCGCCGCCGCCCGAGGGUACUUCGCCCCCGCCAAUGAUCAACGGAGCGUCGCCUCCGCACCGCACCGCGCUCGAUGCACAUCUUGAUCAGAUGCAUGCUGUUAUAGGGCUGAUGUCUACGGAGGAACCGAUGAGCCCGCCACCGCCGCCGGCGCCCUCGCCCCCCGCGCCCCCACCCGCACCCCCUGCGCCCGGCGACCGCCCUCGUCCUCCUUCGCCAGCCGCCCUACUGCGCGGCGCCUCCGCACUCAAGCCGCGCCCGCCCGCCGCUCCGCACGCCGACCCCCGCUCAGACCUGCUCAAGGCCAUACGAGACGGUAUCAAACUACGCAAAGUGGAGAAGCGUUGCGACGAGAACACCGGCCGAUACGACACGUUGCGCGGCGCGCCCGCCUUCCUCGACGUGGCUUCUAUCCUGGCGCGCCGCGUCGCCGUCGAGCUGAGCGACACCAGCUCCGGCGCUGACUCUGACUCCGACGACUCCGACCAGUGGACCGAGCCGCGCGCGUGACGCCGCGCCUCGCCGC